AUGGAGACCGAGACGGCCCUGAGUGAACGAGGGAAACUGGCUGAGACUGGGUGGUGUCUUUUCCCGUCUUCAGCAAGUUCCCGUGAUGUCUGCAAUGAAUCAGAUGUGAGUCAUCUUUUAAAUUUUUAGCAUAAAUUCUGUGUCACUGUUGAUGUCUCCAGUUUACACCAUUUUUUGUCUGCAAACAUGGCUGGUUGCUUCGGGCUGCACUGAAAAUUUCUGUCAUUUCAGCCGUCUACAAAGCCCACUGUCUUAAUUUUUUUUGAAGAAUGGCUAAUUCCAACUUUAACGACAGCAGUAAAGUUCUAUCCAAUAUCGUCCGAAAUUAUAGUACAUACACCUGGAACUCGAACAUUCACUUCUUAUCAUAAAUAAUUUUGUUCCCAAUUUUUCAGCCUGUAUCCAAAGCUUUUUCUGCAACUCAGCUAGCAAAUUACAGAAAAGAUUGAUGACAGUUCAUGCAAAUGGGAUUUAUUGUGGGCUUUCUAGUGGACUUCGCUGUUAUUCGAAUCCUCAAUCCUACAUCUUUACACCUUUACCCAUGUAAUUCCUUCGCACUUUCACACCGCCUUUAUUUAAGGUGCUCUGUGGAAUUGUCCUCUUUACAAAGCACUGCCCUAAACUCCCUUGACUUCCUCCGUACUCUCUGCGCCAGUCGUAUCUUUAGCGUUAAGUUACACCACAUUUGGGGGCAUUUCCAAAAACCUACAGGAUUUCUACCGAUGUCACUUGUAGGGACGUGGAUAUCUUCACAUGUGAACUAAUUUGUCCAAUCCAGGUCAUAACCGGAGCACUCGAAAGGUUAUGCUCGCCUAUCCCCAUCCAGUUUUUUUUUAAAGUUCGAUGGCCUGCUGAAAUCACGCAUUUGCAAGCCUUUUCAGUCUAUCACAUGUUGUGGAAGCAAGCGUUUAGCGGCAAGAGAACUGUCGCAGACUCAGUCGGGAAUUCUCUGACUAUUCUCGCUUUAAAACAGAUCCAAAAGGACCACAAUCCUUAACCAGGAUCGAAAGCCGUAGUCCCUUCGAACUCUAAGCUUGCAUUCUACUUAAUUUUCCGUUUUUUGAGUAAAGAUGAAACCUAAAAAGCUGACUCCAAAAGACACUUUUCAGUCAUAUGGGAAAGCCUGUCGCGACGGCCUUAUCUAUCAAGUACCCUUAUCGGCGCUCAACAGCAAAAUUUGUCCACGUAUUUGUUGUCAUGAUUCAGACGUUGGGAGUGAUUUACGGUUGUCAUUAAGGAAGAGUAGAUUUUUUCCCGUCAGAAGGUUGACAAACAGGAUUUUCCAACGAUCAUGCUGUUUUCAGAGAUGACGAGGAACUAUUAAGCUCUUGCCCGACAGUUUCGCCGAAGCUUAGGAGUAUAUGGUAGAGAAUGGAUUCUUUAUGCAUGUGCCUACUAAACACUGCUACAGUCCAAUAAGUUUGCUCCUUAGGACUACAGUCAUGAAAACAUUAGCUCCAGUUUAGACGUUCAUGCAACAUCACACUGAAAUGGCCAUUUGGCCAGUACAGAGGCACGCCCCGAUAUUUCGUAAGCGAACCAGUUCGUUGUCCACGAACCAGGUGGCUAGUCUUCCAACCUUUGUAGACUUACCGACUUUCGAUAACCGUUCACCACCGCGAGCCCUGUUGACCAAGCCGAAGGCCGAUCGGCUCAACAAUAGCAUGAGUUGGGAAUCAGAAGGGCCAUACUCAGUCGCUACGCAGCGCACUGGAGAACCGUCUGCUCGACUGGAAAUGUUGAGGUGCUCAUGUCUCUGACAAUGUUGUAAGUAGUAUGUGACCUCAAUUACUGGUGCACUCUGGUCACUCCCAUUGUUUAUGAUCUUUUUUUGAGUACUUUCUUGCCUGUUUAGGCCCGCAGCUAGACUUUAGAGGAGUGAUCCUGUGGACUAACCGUAGCAGUUUACCCUCGAGCUACUGAUUUGCCCUUGAUCUGUGAAUAUAGUAGAGUUGACUAACAAUGGUAAAAGAACAGAAAUAGAAAAUCUCGUCUCCCUAUCUCUGUAAUCUUAGAUCUACGGUUCAUGUGGUAUCGAAGUAAUGUAGACUGGUCAGUCAGUAACAGCUGUUGACCAUGCUUUCGCCAACGUCCUGCUCGCUGUCACGUGCGUGUGUACUUAAGUCAUCUGACAAAAUCAAUACACGCAUGUUCUUUUUUCUGUACUUCCCAUUGUCUUAGUCUGCUCAUGACUUUGUAUCACCUUUCUUCUCUGGGAAUGGAGUCCACUGAACUUGCGUGGUUGCUGGAUGGAAUAUACUUCCUGUCCUGCCCUAUACUAAGUGGUCCUUGGUAAUGUUGGUUUUCAAUUGUCAUCAUACAGUCGCUCGCGGAGCUGGAAGCCAGGAUUCACUUACCCUAUUCUGCAGUUGAGAGCUCCAGCCAAUGAUUCCAGUGAUGGGUACUUGGACUUCGCUCCAGAUUUCAGAUGUUCUUGACUUGGGCUGGAGUUUGACUGGUUAACGACCUCAACUAAGAUUGAAAUGACCACCCCUCUGUCCCAUGCUGUUACCGGUAGUACAUCUGAGUCAGAGAUGCCGGUUGUGUCGUGUAAUUUGCUGUCCGGCUCCUGUCUGAUAUUUUCACUGGUCGUCAGUGGUCGGACUGCCUCUGCUGGGGUCGAUUUUCAGUUGCGAUCGAUUUUGUUGAUUCAUUUUUAUUUAUUUGACAUUAGAAGAUAACUGGAAAGGAAGGCUCACGAGUCUUCCCCUAAGCAAGAUUUUAACACUUCGAGCGCAGGAUUGAAGGACGCCUCUCUGUUAAUAAACUUUGCCUUCCCGCUUGGUUUCCACGUUCCUAAUCACCUGUCCAUUAAUUUUAGAUUGAAGAACUCGUUCGCGUGCUUGACAUUCUUGAUCGUCAGGACUUCAGUAUUGCGAAAGAGUUCUGUCCACUCGAAAGCCUCUUCAAGGAGUUAUUUUUAAUUUACAAGCCAGAUGACCUUCGAUGCGUUUAUUCUCUGGUGACCUUCCUCUGUCAGUGGGUUGUCUCACCAACGCGUACGGGGCUUCAUCGAGCUGUUGUCGUCGCCUGCCUUUUGGAACACUUCAAAUCUACCUAUCAGAGUGGAAAUCAAUUUUUUUUCCAGGAGUGUCUUAUUAAUUUUCUGGACCAGCAUGCCCCCAGCCCCGCGGCUAGCACCAGUACCGCCUACGAAUCUAGCUGUUUCCGCUCUUUAGUCUGCCUUUUUGGGGAGCUCAUCGACCGAGGCAUUUUCGACCACGACGCCUUCGUUCGGACUUUUAUUGCCAGAGGGAUUUUUGACAACAGCGUCCAUCCAUAUGCUCAGGAAUCCCUUGGCUGCAAUCAACUCAGCGCCUCAGGCCUAGCAGGCUCCAUGGGAAGUUAUAAUUUGCCAGGAAAUUCUACAAACCGGGCCACCACCAUGGGCUGUUCUAUCCUCCCUGCGACGAACUUAAGUGGAAAUUUUUCAAUACAGUCCGAGGUUUCUGAAGACAAUGACCGUAACAGUGUUGAAAAUCCAGAUUCCGUCCGCUCUGACUUUGGUGGCCUGUCUUCUGUCCCUAUGAUCACUCGCCAUAACUUUUCAAACUUGUCGACUGAACAUACCAAUCUUAACCACCAUUUCCAGUUUUUGAUUCACUUUCCCAUUCCACAAGAUCCAUCAUAUUCCCAUGAACACAAUCAACGAGCUCAGCUUCUUUACGGAACUAUGCGUGCACGAUGCAGAGCUAAGGAUAGAAUCCGCAAACUUGUACGUGACCUUACCAAAGUGUUUACCAAGAACACAUACCGACUCGAUGUUGUGCACGGGGAAAUGGGUAAAAGAAAAAAGAACAAGGAUCGCGACAAGGAAUCAGCGGCCUCUGGUGGGACGAAUCCCACUCACUUUCAGGGAGCUGCCAGUCAGCGUACAUCUAAGGAUACAAGGCCCUUGGAAGAAAUUCACGAUGAGCUUCUGCAACGGUACCGAUGCUUAUCUUAUUAUGACAUGGAAUGUGUAAUCUCACAGACUACACCCAUCUUUUUGAAAACGCUUUCUGGAAGUGGUGGAUCAAGUGCUUCUGUCAGUGGUGAUGCAAGUGACGUCUGUGGCAUUCCCGACCAACAUAGUCUUGCGCUGCCUCUGACCUCCUCUCCAGUGCAAAUGGCUCAAAAUUCUGGCCAUGGAAGUCUUUCCUUACCCUCGGCCUCAUCACAUGAGCCCGUAUACCUGCCUGUUCCGCAUACAAUUUUCCUAUUUUUUGAUAUGAUUGAAGCCUCCUUAAACCUUACCUGUCUCCUAGACACCGUUGUAGAAACUCUAGAGCGUCUUCAAGCCGCAAGUCCACGAUCACAAUUUAUGAGCUCCUACAUGUCUAUCGUGUGUCUUCGGAUUAUUGGCAUUCUGCGGACUCACCAGCCAGUCCUCAUGACUAUGAGUGAUUUGCAGCUCCGUGUGUUCUCGUGUUUAAUGUAUCAGGUACGCCAGGGAAAGGAGAAAGCUCAUUGCAAGCGUUGUAUUGUCGCAUACCUCAACGAUCUCCUAAAGGCGAGCUGCAUUGUCGCACGGGAAAAUAAUCGUUACCCCGAUCCUUACUCACGCAACAACGUCUUUUUACGUCCCUCGGAACACUUUGAAAGUGUAUUCGCAGUGUCUCGAAAUUAUGUUGAGGAGUUGCUCACAAACACAGGAGACAGCCGCGCCGCCUUCCGCGCCUGUAUUGAGGAUGUUCGGACAAACCCUCAGGCUCGAGUAAACUUCGUCUACAAAGCGCUUGUUGCCGUCAGUGACUCACGAACCUACGAGCAUCUUAACUACCUUUUUGACCUAUUCGCGGAACUUAUGUCACAAUGCAUUGACUUUCAGACCACCUGGCUUGAAGCCCUGUCCGCCAUAGUUGCUCCGCGCGCGUACGCUGAUUCCGGCGCUACAACCCUUGACAUGCCUGUGUGGCUUGAGAAUUCUCACAUUUGGGACAACCUGGCUUCACUUAUCGGCACACUUCUGGCCAAGCAGUGUCUGCCCACUUCGGAUUUUUUCGUGCAUUUUGUUUGUCAGGCCCUUGCCCAGGGUCUCGACCAGGGUUCAGCCCCCGUCGACUCUCAGCACGAGCCAACAGUCCGUUUCGCCUGCCACCUUCUCCAUCGUCUCUUCGCUGCAGAGCCGUGUUCCACAGGCCAUCUGGCCACAUCUGCGCCACUCGCAAAUACAGAUGCUGACCAGAAUUCUUCAACUCCUUCCUAUCCGCCUUUCAGAGUUUCAGAGCCGCUGCUACUCGCAGGGGCCCUACAGAAAGUGACAAAUGUGAUUUUCGUUGACACCCUGAAAAUGCUAAUGGUCCACAGUGACAAGGGUGUUCCGGAUACGGAUGAAUCGGAGACGGACAAGCGGUUGGACGACGAGGGCGACGGCAAAACAGGCAGUGUUAGGGUCUCUGAUCAGGAGGACAACUCUUCAGACAAUGACACUAGAGGUGAUUCUGCAUCCGACGACAAUGCUGAUUAUGGUAACAGUUCUGUCGACACCCUAGACGAUUUGGAUGCUGUCGAUGGCCCUACAAAGAGCCGUCGUAAGCGGCGCCGCGUGCAUCUGGCCUCAAAAAGCAAGAAGCGUCGUGGUCGAGGAGCUCGAAAGAAUGUACCAUCCUGUCACACGGCUAAUCGACGGGUUCUGCCAAACCGCAUACACCCCGUCACAUGCAACUACUUGACCACCGGUACGCCACCUACCGAUGCUGAGAUAAAAUCUCUGCGUCUUCGGGAUUUUGCCUAUCUUGUUCUGCGCGAAGUCUGUGUGACUCCAUGGGUAAGAGAAACGUGGUAUCGCAUAUCCUCCCUUCUCCUGCAAGAAAAGGUACUCAUUGACAAGGACUUCUCCCGUAGUCAGGCGCGCCACCUGCUUCACAUCCUCUAUCGGCCACAUGAUGUUAAGUGGGUUGAUACUGCCUUAAAAAACAAUAGCAUCGCUGACGCAAUGAUGGCUCUCCUAACUAAUCUGAGCAUCUGGACCCUCCACUCUACUUGGAUGGAGUUUGAACUGUUGUACAAGCAGGUGUCCUCGACACAGGAGGCUGACCCACUACCCUAUGUGGCUCAGUCCGUUGUCGAAAAUUUCAACGAACAGGCCCUGGAGUAUCUUAAAGGCGGAUCGUCUGAUACGGCCUCAGCUGGAGAGUUGCCCGAUGGCCUUCCAGACAUUGAGGUCCCCAAAAGCGACAGUAUUUGGCUCCUCUUGUCGCUGGUUUCUAAACUGCCGACACAGCUGAAAGUCUCAAUUGUGAAAACAACCUGGGAUGUGAGUUCCAGAAUUUUUUAAACUUUUGCGGAACCACCUUUUGCAUCCGUGCAUUUUGAUUUGAAAAUAUGUCCGAACUCUUAAUUCCAUGAAUCUGCACCACUCGAAUAGCACAAUCCAGUCAACCUUGUCUGGCCUUAACAACGUGAUAUCACCGGCAUUAACAACUUUAGUUCAAGAAAUUGCAGAAAUUUUAGCAUGCACUCGAAUACAAACGCUGCUUGCAGUAGUGACAUGUAUAAAACGCCGCCUCGCGUCAAUCCAUCCUCGGUUGACGACGUUGUUGUCAUAGCUAAUUGUACUCAAGGACACCAAUUCAAACAGUAUGUUUUUAUAUUAGUUUACCUGCAGUCGAUGACCGAGCUCAUGAAAUGUUGACUGCAACUCAGAUGCGUUUUCAUUUAGGAAGGAUUUUUUGAGUGAGUUUGCAUUAUUGAUUCUCGUGCAGCAUAGUCCUAGGAUAUUUCAGUUACGCCGGAGUGCGUGCUUUUGAACGCAUUUCUUUCGACCGUCUGCAAAAAUCGCGCUCUGUAAAAAAUGAGCACGCAUUUUUCCCAUCGUUUUUCGACGGCCUUGUGAAUUUCAACAUAUUUUGUGGUAAAAAUGCACAAAAUAUUCUUUCCUGUACCCGUCUGCUGGCAAAUCACAUCUUCGCAUUUCAUACUUGAAAAAAGGGUAUCUUUCAGUUUUAAAGUUUCUUUUGGAGAUUUCUUAAGAGCGUCCCAUUUCCAUUUAUAUAACAUCAUAUCGGUCCGUCUAUCAUGGUUCCUCCUUAAGUAUACGAUAGUCCAUAUCCGUUGCAAUAUUUUAUGAGCCGUUUAUGGUAUCUGCUUUGUCGCCUAAAGAAGUAUGUUUUACCUUACACGGGAAGUAUACUGCUUGUAGACUGAGGACUCUAAAGGCAAAGCCUACGGCUGAUAAAACACAAAGUUAUUCAGGUAUAAAAAACCUCCUAAGACCCUAAGACGCUCUUCAAGUAUAAAAUUCUAAAAAGACGUGAUUUGUUACCAAAUGAGUACAACAGAUAAUAUUCAUAUUGGAGUUUUCUAUAAAAUAUAUUUCAACUUAAAGGGACAUCGAGAAUCGGUGGAGAAAAUGCACAUUACUUGAAUAAUCAUUUUUUUACCGAGCGCGGUUUUUGCAGGCGGCCGAAAAGAAAUACAUUCAAAGGCCAGCAUCCUGGUGUGUCUAAAAUAUCACAAGAUUAUAUCGCAAGAUAAUCAGUGUUACAGCCUCACUUAUGCAAUCCAUUCUAAUCGAGAACGUAUUUCCAAAUUUCAGUUAAGAUUUCAUGAGAUCGGUCAGCGACUGCAAUUUCGAACAAAAUGUGCAGGAAGAAAUGACGAACAGACGAUCUUCCACUUUCUUUUAGGAAAUUUCGUCUUAAAAAUAACCAUUUUCAGCCGUGCAAUAUAUCGCCUUAAAAAUCACCUCGGAGUCUUUAAUUUUUUCGAAAUCUCUGACUGAGUAAACCCCUACCAGUAUUUUUAGAAAUACGGCUGUUUAGUAUACUAAUCACUUCAGCCUUACCGUAGCAAGUUAUAAUCUAUAAGGCGUCCAUUAUAUCAGCCUAUCGGCACUUAAAUAAGACAUUUCAAUGGAACUCGUUCAAAUCAUCUUGGAAUGCACAGGUUUUAAACGGAUAAAACUGCGACUUAUUCCUAAAACCAGAAUACAGCAUGUUUGGGACGAUGUAAAUUCCUGCUAAAAUACGGUAAGAACGGAUCGUUUGACAAUCCUUCCUAUUACAAAUUUAUCUCACGCAGGCGUUAAAACCUGAUCAAGAGGAAAACUGGAUCCCAGUUUAUCUUUCCCUUAUGGACAGUUAGUGAGAUGGACUUUGGUCAGGACAAUAAGAUAAGAUGACAUCCUCCCCGGUCGAAAAAUAGAGUGGCCAAGGUGUCGACAGAUUUGUUACUGAGGUUUUCAUAUAGCGCAUUUUAGACGUCUCUAUUACGAAGGCAGCGUGGAUGAAGGAUCGUUGUUUGACCACUAGCAUCGCACGAUUAUCGACAAGCGCCCCAGCAUUCUGCUUUCCAGCGGAACGGCUGUUGCUUUCCCGUUCAGUGUUGGUUGGGUGGUCAGGGAUAAUAGAAUGGGCUCUUGCAGUAAUGGUGUGGCCGUCUCCUGAUGGAAAUCACCGAUGUCUUUCACUCUUCAAGCAAGCAGUCAACGAAUACGGUUUUUCGUCUGCCAUUAGCGAACCGUAUGUGAGCAUAUUGGCGGUUGCAGCAGAGCAAAUAGACGCCAACGAGCAGAUCAUAUGUAGACUGUUGAACGCUCUCCUUCAACAGAACUCUACCAGAAGGGGUUAGGCACAUGGGACUGAUGGUUCUGGUCGUACUUGCCGUAGUUCGCAGUAUGUCUACUCGUUUCCUCUAUCUUGAAAUAGGAGUAACAUCACCGGGUGUGUGCCUGUUGAUCGUUUGGCUAUGAUCAACAACCACCCGUUUUGUGCUUUUUAUUGGCUGCAGCCAGGUCUUCGGUGGGAUUUUCGGGCUUCCCAGUUAUUUCAGAACACUGCUAUGAAAGACGAACUGUAACUCAGAAUUUUCUGUGUCCAUAGAGACCUUGAAAUUAUUCCCGUUGGUCUGUAGUUUGACCAUUGCGUCUGAAAGACAGUCAGGAGCAGCGGCCGAUGCUACAGCACAAAUGGUCGGAUGUGUAGAGGAAGAGAAGACCUUCGGUUUCGUGAUGCCGCGCAAACUUUUUGGAACUGAUCCUUUUACUGCACCCCCUGCAUAACGUGUCGCAUGCGGGACACUUCCAACGAGAAUACUUGUCGCAUCCACAAAAGAAACUUGCUAUGCGAGGAACCGAAAGCUACUGUCGGAGAAACAUAGCCCUAUUUGUCUGGCUCCAUAAUUCUGACUGUGAGUAUAAAAUUUUCGAAGCGUGCGGAACUGGUGGCUCCACUGUUUGGAAGCGUCUGGGGCAUUUUACUGACAUUGAAUCGUACCGGCCUGGGAACUCGACCCACUGUUGAAUUGUACGAUAAAUUGUUGUAAUCAAAACGGCUACAAGCACGCGAGUGGGAAAGUACGAACAAAACUGAUUAGAAGAAUCUGAAAGAAAGAGUACCCUGGCAUAUGGCUUUCUUAAUCGGUGUAUCGGGGCUAAAACACGAAAUAGAACAACAAUUAGUGAGAUGGAAUUCGUCAGGGCAAUAAGUUGGCACUAUACUAGCAUACAUGCUGGUUUGAUGGACUGUAGGAUCAGCGACACAGGUCGGUAGUGAUCACGGCCAAAAGGCGUUUGCGGCAAGAUAGAGUUGCACUGCCUCGUAAAACUGAUCGCGCGCGGCAGAAGGUAAAACGGACACUCUGUCACAUGUAGCUCUAUAAACGGCAUUGAUGCUGGUUUUUAGAACUUCUGCUUGCCACGGCUCGAUGGGAGGAGACUGGUCUGAUAUUUCCGUGGGACAAGUUUCACUCUCAUGAAAGUCAUAGGCAUAAUUUUAAGCUGUCUGCUUCAAGUUGACAUUAAUUUAUCCCGAGGGGUGCCUUAUUUCGGGCAGGGAUGCAGCUCGAAAACAAUUUGGUCUUCCCAGCGUUUAUGGAUAAACCGGCGGGCUUAUCGAUCUAAUUCAUCCGUUAAACCACUGACUGUAGAUUGCCGAAGUUUAAAGCUAACAGGGCGAUAUCGUCUGUGUAAUGGAGAUCAGUCAGCUGGCAUCCGGGCGCAAACUCAAUACCGUCAAAAUCUUGAAGGGCCCUCCCGAGAAUCCAGUCAGUGGUGUAGUUGAAUAGGAUAGACAACAGGAUUCAACCUUAACGAACGCCAGAUCGAAUAGUGAACGGUUUAGACAGAUUUUUAUAGACCAGAACCGGCGCAGUGGUAGAGUGCCAGUAGGCCUUGAUCAUGGCGAUGCUUUUUACCGGCAUACUAUCUAGCUCUAUUACCCGCCACAGGGACUCGCGAUGGACGGAAUCAAACGCUGCUGCGAAGUCAGCAAAGCAGACGGCGUCGGUUACUGGUAGCCAUGGCGGAACCCUAGAGUACGGCGCACUGUACGCUUCCACACCCCAGCUUUGUUGGGUCUCAUCCUUAAUUCACGCAUAUCCUGAAGUCGCUGGUAAAUGACGUCAGCAACGUCCGUCAGGCUUAUGUCACGGCAGUUAUCGCACUUUGUCUUAUCUCUGUUCUUGAGGGUAGGAACAAGGAUACCUAGACCCCAGUCAUCAGCGUCAACUUAAUCUACCCAGGCUUCCUCAAUCAUCUCGUGGCGACAGGGUGCCAGUAUCAACACAGGACUUAAAGAUGCCGUCCUCUCAGAGUGUCUUUUGAUUGUGAAGCCUCUGUAUUGCGUCGGUAAUUUCACGCUGAAGAGGUAUUACAUGAUACUACAUAGACUGAAGAGGGAUAAAAGUCUACUGCAAGCGAGAGCGCGGAUGUUAUGGUUUGGUCAUCGAAGUUAAGAACGCGCCCGGAGUGCUCGCCGACACUCGACCUUGACAAAGUUAGGACUGAAGUCGCCGUCCCCGUCGUAGACAGGGUCACUCCGUGCAGAGGGCUUGCCAAUAACCUGGCAGAUAAUUUGGUUGUUUCGUAUUGUCAUCAGCGUUUGGGGCCACUCUACAGACUUUAUAAAGCAAGUGACUAGCGAAUGUUGGCGGUCACGGUAAAAUUUAAAAAAUAAAGUGUGGAUGUUCAAUUUGCACACUCAUUUGCAGCCCCGACGCCCAUUUGACUGACUUCCAUCCGCGCACCAUGGGCACAGGAGCAGCCCAAUGAUGAUAAUGGCAGGCAUCCUCACAACCCAACAGUCUUCACUUGUUGCUGUAGCUCUCAUAUCUGUUUUUCUUCCCAUUUCGCUUGAAGUCCAUCACCAGCACGACCCCACCGUAAUCAUGUGGUGCAAUCUCAUCGCUCCAUGCACGUUCACUCAAGACAUAAAUUCUGACGCACUCGGCGUAGCCGAGGCGCUUUGUUCCAGGAAGCGAAGGUCACCUGGUGCUGUAGGCCGAAGGACGAAACUUGAACUACGGGGAUGCAGCUAAAGAAGGGUACUUUCUAGUAAUCGAAAUCGGAGAGACCUCAUGAAAAUAUUAUAGUGGCUAGGACCGUAGCAAGCACACGAGAGGGAGAUCACGAACAAAUCAGGAUGCAAGAAUCAGAACGCGAACACCCUAUAAUAUGGCUUUAUUCAUCUUACAAUUUACGUACUGGAACUAAAACGAAAAAGAAAAGUAGUAGUAGUACCAUGAUACAUAGGCCAACGUUUUAUUUUGAUGCAGUCAUCAGCACAAGAAUCACCAUUCUCGGAUAAACAGAAUCGAUUAAUCUGAGGGAUCUCCUGUCAGAAUUUUCGAGUUUUAGCGCCAGUCAUUUUGGUGGGCCCCACCAAUUCGUACGCGACAAAGACCGAAUAUUGAAGAUUUGAGAAUCACUUCCAUGUCGCAGUGGGCUUUGUCGAGCCAUCUUUUGGACCAACUUACAGUCAGCCAUCGGCGUCAAGUGAGGAACAACAACGCUGAACUCGCGAGGCGGUCGACGCAAGUCGUCUCUAAGCCGUCUCAACUGUCCCUCUUAGAUGACCCAGGAAACUUGGAGCUUCGUUGUAGGGCGUGCCGAUUGUCUCAUUCGAGACGAAAUCGGUGCAUUUGACUUUCAGGCAACUGUAAUCAGAAACCUCCAGCUUGUGCCAGUUUUUCUCGCUCACAACCAUAUAGGAGCACUAAACGAGAGGACGUUCUGUGCAGACACAUCUUUGUGGCAACGGAGAUAUUGUGAAGGUCCAUAUACACUUUAGGUCUGCGAAAACUGCCAGUUGCUCAUUCAUACAAACACAUCCGUGACGUACUCAUGGACCGUCGUACUACAUGGGUAUGAUGUCCUGCUGUACUGUAUGUCCAGUUUAACUGUUCAUCGCAUGGGCGCUAUUACCUUUAAAAUACAAACCUAGAGGUUAAGACAGCCCUACAUGGCGUUUUAUUUUUACUGGUGAUUUGUUUCAAUACCGCUAAUACCUCUUUCUUUUGCUCACGGCUUCCGUUUUUUCGGACGAACCAUGAUUCAUUUGUUUGUAGGCAAGUUGUAGAAUUUUGUUCAGAGGGAGUUGUGGACACGAAAGUGGGUCUCAUGCGCCGAUCGAAAUUUACGAGAUCGGAUUUAACAAAUUUGUAAUUAUUUCCCAGUUAUUCGUCCCUAGGUGGCUGGUCAUCGCUUUCUUCUCAAUGAAGCAUCUUCGCUAGGUUAUUUUCGUCAACUUGCCAGUGACUAGUAAUAGGAGAGCGAAGAAACUCUUUGGAAAUAAGAUUCCGGAGUGGAUUGUCAGUGUUUAAUCUGAUUAUCCCCUACCAUUCCUACUUCCAGCGCACCGACCGCGUACUUGCUUACUCGCCACUUCUAUGACACAGCUCACUUGAGCAGACUGUGCAUGUAGUAUGUAUCGAAACUCGGGAAAGACUGACUGAAGUCGUCGGCUCCACCGGCCAUUUGAUUACGAUUUCAACGUAGAAUAGAUGACGCAUGAUCCAAGAUUGAUUCAUGCAGGGUAUUAUAGGUCGAGAGUCCAGCAUCUUGUUCUAGCCACAGUCGGGAAAGACCAGGGCUUUUCCAUUGAUUUUUGCUGCUGGCACAAAUUCACUUCAGAAAGUAUGCACAUAAUCUUCACAUCUCGCAUUUGUUUUGUGUGAGAUUGCCCAGUUGGGCAUGGGACCCUCCACCAGUACUACAGGUUUUCUCGCGCUAAACCUCAGAGGGGGUUAUUGUUUCUGUGUCUUUACUCCAACCCGAACCCCCCCCCACUAACAAUAACCCUCAUAAACCUAACCCUAACUCUAACCCUUUUACUGAUCCGAACUCUAACACCCUGAAAUUUAGGAAAAGGUCACCUCUCAUACGUUGGGGCCCAUAUUCCCAUGCCCAACCGAUUGUCUCUCUCGAAAUUUGCGCUUGAGGGAAGGGAUUAUUUCGAUUUUAAUUAUGCAAAUUUACGAGACGUUUCUUGUUUGCUGUUGUUAAAGGUCCGCAUCCUGCUCAAAAAGCAUCAGACGCAACCCAUGCUUGUUAUACUGUUCCAUCCACAUUAGGAUAUCCCGUCUUAUGAAACUGAAGUGAUCUCGUGAUUUGCUUCUAGUUUUGUAAACGUUAAUAGCACGUGAAACAUAAGUGACGUCUCAAAGCGCACACUAAUCGGAGGUCAAUUGUAAAACCGGAACAUUCCCUUUUGACAAAACGUGAAGAAAUCGGUCCCUGCAUUGUAUAUAUGAGCAACAGAAUUUUACUACCCAUUUGUAAUUGAACCAAUUCACGAACCGAGAACCAAUAUGAAAUAUGUGCACCAAAACCUUUGAAACAUUGCCCAGGACGCCUUUUGUGCUUUCGUAUGGAAAAUGAUUAUUUAGGUGGGACCGCGAAACCGAAUGCCAGUCAAGUUGCUACACGCAAAGCCACUGCAUGAAGAUUGUGUGCUUUCUCCCUGGAUCUCGAAGCCUGUGUGGAUUCUAUCGUGUUUGUAAGGGGAUAAACAAAAAGUCCUUUUAAUCAAUCACUUUAUGGACAUUAAAUCAUCUUCGGGUUUUGUAUGUUCCUCAAAUUGGCUAAUUCCUGCAUAUUUUCAAACAACUUGCGUUUUUGCGAGUUCCGCGGACGUUCAAGCUGCACUAACUACAUUUUCUUAGAGGAAGAUUGACACAGCCCUACAUGUCUGCAAUGAGGCGUCUGGUGCUCGUUAAACGCUGCAAUACACGUGGACCCGGUUGCAUAUUAAUGCUCAUAUUAGAAUGUAUGUCUGAAAAAAUCCUUAAUUACAGGGACUUUGAAAACAGACGCACCUUUGAUUUAAAAAAUAUUGAAGAAAUCAUACUUUUCCAAAAAACGAGUAUGAAACUUGAAAUCUUAGUGCAUCCUUCUCAACGGUCUUGAGAGAAUUUAAAAGGCAUCAAAAUGAAUUAAAAAGAAUACGCCCUUCUUUUAAGUAUUUAUUUUUGCGAAGUCUAUUAGUGCGGGUAGUUGUGAUGUUUCUUGUUUGAGAGCUGGCAUCCAGACGUACAUUCAUUAUCCUUUGAUUGCGUUACAUGUUAUCCACCCAACUCUGUUUUUCCGAACUUGUGAGCUUUCAGUUUUUUGUGCAUGCUAUAUGUAGACUUUUCCCCUAGCCUUUAAGAUUGGCACUUAAAGACAGGUAGGAUGCCGCCUAUUUAUUAAUCUGGGAUUUAUUUUUAACUUAUUCAUCAUGGCUAUCUCGGUUGAGUGAUAUAUUCUUUUUGAAAGUGCAUGUAAGCAUUUUGGACCUACUGUAUAGUGACGACAGUGGUUGCUUAGUUUCGCCCUUUACCGUCUUCAAUCCUCUAUAGCGGCUAAAUAUUCUGCGUUCUUGUAAAUUGCUUUUUUCGGAUUUCUUCAUAUAGGGUCGUCUAGCGUUCCCUGCCAACGACUUCACAUUUGAUUUCAUCAUCACCUUUUUCCAAGACAUGUACUAAUAAAUUAGAAGUGUACUUACAGAAGUGGUGUGGUUGUAAAGUGUCCUGCCCCUACUGUUUGUGUUGGGAACGUAGCUUUAGAUAUGGUACCUGGGACCACAAGCUACUAAUUUCGGGAUGCGAACAUGCGGGGGCGUUGGGCAGACGAUUGUCACGACGCCCACGGUCACCGGAAGAGUGGGGGUAUCAAAAAAGAGCGUCGGGUAGACGCUUCGCAGGUACAACUUGUCACAUGUCCAACUCCUACGCGAGUCAUCACUGAGUUUCCCAAACUACAUUAACAUGCUAAACACGUUUAUAAGGUGCAUUGGCAUGACUUUUCACAUCCUCGGUGUAUCCUUCCAUCGACGAUACCAAACAAACUCAUCAACCCCGUCUGUUUUUAAACUGAAGAUCUAUUUUUUCAGGUGACGUCGGAUCGUGGACAUUCUUAAUACCAAAGUUCGCGUGUAUUUCCAAAAAUUUCAUAAUCAUACUUUUUUAAAAGAACAAACGCCCUGAUUUUCCGAGAAGCCAUUCAUAUCCUUGAGAGAAUAGGCGCUUUCUUAUGCCCAACCGUCAGUCACAUCGAGCUUUUCGACGCCAGGCAGCAACUGCAUAACCAUUUACUCAAACAUCCUAACCGGAUUGCCCUUCUUUUUAGAUUCUCCGGAGCAUUAAACAAUUCCUGCGACACAAAAACGACGAAGACAAGGAAAGAGUUGUGCUCAGGCAUUCAGUCAUACUGGCUCAUCCGGCAUUCUCAGCCUUGCUGCAGGUCUGCAUGCAGGAAACUGACUCAAUCGACUACCUCUACGAGCAAGUCGAUUUUUUCCUCGCCAACGCUAAGGAGACACGCGACCGGAUGCCGGAAAACUUACGCACCCGCCACGUCUUGCAGGAGUGUCUCAGUCUACGUUUGGCUCUGGUGGGCAGAAGGCUGUGUACCGAGAUGGAUACCGAGCGCAUUUCUCGUUGGGCAGUCCUCUUAGCUCAGCUUAUCGGUUUUGGUGUCACGGAGCCUCACUCCAAUCAGACCCUCUUUUUCACCUGUCUUGACAUGCUGCACACUCUGGUGCACAAUCUGGUUGCAAUGACCGGUGCCGAGAGCAAAGUCUGCGUGAACUUAAACCGCCGGAUCCGUAAAGAGCUUGCUGACCGUCACUUCACCGCCGGUAUCGAGUAUAUCAAACCACUCCUUUUCAUCGGUCGCUCUGGCUACUCCUUCAUGGUAGUCAAUCCGCUCGGCGGGGGGCCCGGCGGCGGAGGUCCUGGCGCUGGGAACCGCGGUGAAGGUGGCAGUGGGACUGGGAAGCUUGGAGGCAGCCUAAAGUCAAGCAAUUUAAAAAUGGGCAGCAAGUCAUCCUCCUCUGCUGCCUCAUCUUCGUUUUCUUCCAGCGGCUGCGGCGGUAGUCGAGGUCUAGGUAGCUACGGCCUGACCACUGGUUCAGGACUGAAGUCAUUCUCUCGCAAGCGGGGCUACGUCUUUAGCGGCCGUGAGCGCCUAGCACCCUGGGAUGUAUACGAUCCAAAUCGUCGUCUCCAGCUGUUGUCGAUGUGUGGCGCCGUUCCAACCGAAGCCAGUCUCACACGUGUGGAAGAGCAAGCUAACCUCUUGGUCAGCCAUGAGCAUCCUAUACGCAUGCGACGUUCCCCGGAAUUUUAUUUUCACUCAAUAUUCCCGGAACCUGAGAACGAAGACGUUGCGACUUCGACCGCGACCAUAGCCUCCCCUGAGAACAAAAAUUUUUUGGUUCAUGGCUCUCCCUCUAAGCGUGCUUCUCAGCAGCAACGGUCAUCUCCAGAGAGUGGUGUUCAGUUCAACGUAAAUCCCUCCGUUCUUGCUCAAAACCGACCCCCAGGUCAGCCUCCAUCCUCAUCGGGGCUUUCCUCUAAGACUAUGAACAGCAGGUCCGACAUGGGACGUGUCUUCAACAACGGCGGGAACCAACAACAACCCCCGCCUCAACAAUCGUCAGCGCCUCUCCCAACGCUCAUGUCUACACCCUUCGUAUCUCAUGGUGGACUAAUGCAUGGUUGGGAAAAAGUCCCGGGCAUUCGUGGCACGCAGAACGCAGUAGGUCCGCCAAACACCCAGGUACCCAUGGGCCACCCUCAACAACAGCAGUCACCUGCCAAUUGUUCAGUGACCCGCCGUAAGCGCAGUAGAACGCAACUCACAACAACAGCAACUGCUGCCAACGGUCAACCAAACGUUGCCCUUGUCAGUCGUGGUGGGACACCCGACUUCACAACAACCCUCAGCGCCAAGGAGAUUGGUUCGAAUGUUGCUGGCGGGUUGGCACAACAGCAGCGGCCUCCUUCCGGUGACUACUCUCUUUCAAUGGCGCAGCCGCUCAACGCCAAGCUCACCGGCCGUCCAUCGCCACCACCUGACGCUAUGGUAUUUGAGGAAUCACGCCUUCCCCCCUCUUCAAUGUCCGCAGCUUCUGCCCAGAUGACCGCAUUCCGCUCUUUACAACCGCCACAUACGGCUGUCUCGAUGCCCCCGCCCAUCUGCACUGAUUCGAGUAGCAUGAUGAUGAUGAUGGAUCACUUCCGUGGUAAUGUGAAACUGACAGACGCUUAUGCGGGUAUAUGUGGCGGCGUUGGCAAUCAACAGAUGAAUAACUUCGCUUCGCCAGCUCCUGCUACUGCCGCUGCCGCCAUGGCAUCCCAACAGUCUAGCUCUGGUGUGAAGCGGAAGCGGCCCUCUGUAAGACGCUCCUCGAACCCGCAGCAGCAGAAAAGUUCAACUCCGCCAGUUGGCGGUCCUUACGCCACGCCGGACAACGGACCAGGGAACAUGCGAACCGGCGCUAAGUCAAAACAGCAACAAUCCCUCGGCGGCAACUCUGCCUAUCCCUCUAAACCCUCCAUGACCGCGACUGCAGACUUGUAUGCCUUCGAUGCUGGCGGUGGCCCAGUGGUAAACACACCACGCCCGGGUGUCUGGCAACACUCCCAACAGCCUUCCUCAAUGAUGGGUCAAAGAGGUACGCCGGCAUCUGUUGCUUCCACCCUCUCUUCCGUUGCUGCGGUCAGUCGAUGUCCACCCAACCAGCGUCCGCCACCCCAGGUAGUUGGAAUGUAUGGUGGAAAACAGCAGCAAAAGCCAGUUGACACUAGUGGUAUCGUUGUGACUCCACAGAAGCUCAUGAAUCAACAACAGCGGUCCCUACAUUACUACCCCGUUCUAGUUGAGGACGAAAGUCCAAACUUCCAACAGCAACAAAUGAUGUCACAAGAUUCAGCGGGAUUUGUCUCUAAUUCACAGGCCAUUCCAGCCGACUACAACUCCUUUCAGGGCGUUGACACCGCCUCUGCCAGCCAGGAUCAGAUGAGCGGCUACAUCAAUGUGACCGCCUCGUCGACUGGCGAAGACCCUUCUGGAGUCGGUGGUGGCUUACUGGACAGUAUGUCACAGCAGCAGCAACCGAUACGGCGCGGUCCUCUUCAACAACAGCCUCCAAACUGCGCCCUCAUGACUAUGGGGCAGAACUCUCAACAUUCCGUCCGUUACCAACAACAACAGUCCGAUCAGGUCCUCUACGGCCUAAAUUCACAACAGUUGCAACAGCAGGUGCCUGACCCCCCUCCGUAUCCCGCCGGCGGUCGUUUGCAGGAACAACGGCAAGUCAAGAUCUGCAUGAGCCAGAACGUCCCUCUUCAGACGCCCGAUGGGUUACCUCCAACUGGCAUGCAACAACAACCGCCCCAUCUCAUGCAUCCACCGAACAGCGGUGUGUCCUGGAAUUCUGGUUAUGUUUUCCAACCGCAGCGUCAAAGUAUGCCCAAUGUCGCCUUUCCGAAGCAGCAUCAGACGCAACAGUCACGGACCGUUUCGCCCCAACAACCGCCCCCCAGCAGCCUCGCUUCCCAACACGCACAAGACCAGAUCCCCCCCUCUGCCUGCCACACUGUCCAAUAUCUACAUUACGAGGGCUACCGUUAA